CCGAUCCCCCACCAUGCAAGGAUUAUUCUCAUCGCUCGCCGACAAGGCUCAGUCUGCCAUCAACGCGACCCCGCUCGGUCGAUCUAGCUCAAGCAAUGACGGAUCGGGCCAGACGUCGAGCUCUGGCGGCAUCCGCAAAUCGCACGCUUUCGAGAGCUUUCACCACCAGCUACGCUCUUUCCAGCAACAGUAUUCGAGUUCAGUAACACCGGUGCAGAAGAUCAUCACGGCACAGAAGGGGCUCGCGCUCGACUUUGAUAACGUCGGACGCGAUGCCCACGCGCACAGCAAGGAGCUGUAUACGUGGGGUCAGGCCGAGUACGAUGAUCUCAAGGAUGUCGGUGAUCGCCUAGCGUGGAUGAACUACAUCCAAGGCUCGCUUGCGACCACGCUCGCGCAGAAGCUUGACGCAUCCCGUGCACCCUUCAAGGAGCUGCGUGAUGCUGAGACUAGCCUCAGCGGACGCCGCAAUAUUCGUGCCGGUUUCCAGAAUCAGAUCGCGCGGAUUGAACACGACCAGCAGCGUGGCAUGGAGCAGAAGCUCGUGGAGUUGAGGCGCCAAUUGAGCAAGGCAGAGCAAGACGAUGAACCUCUGGAGAAGGAAGUUGAGAUCCUCAAGAGGAAAGCCCUGCGCGAGAGCGAACGCUUGAAGUGGGAAGCGCUGCGAGAGUACGGGGAGAAGGUUGCACUCGUUGCUCAGGCGGCCAGCGCGGUAUUCCCUGCACUCCCGGCCGUUCCUCCGUCGAAGGUUCAGCCUUACACUGGGACUCAGCUGACCGCAUCCGUCCGCACGACGCUUCAAAGCGCACUAGACAACUACCGCGUGGGCGACUCCACAUUGUAUUUCCGAGAGCUCUCGGCCGCGGACCUAGGCAGGUCGGAUACACGCAGCUUCGGCGAGACACAUGCCAAGGAACUUGCCAGCAUUGGCACUGCCGACCCCCACACGACGUCCAACAUUCCCGUAACGCCUCCCGCACACGACACUCCUCCCCAGGCACCGUCCCACACUGCCAAUAUCACAACUUCGACCACCUCCCCUGCCCCUCCCACGACCAGCGCCCCAGUCGGUGUCCCGAAAGCUUCCACGCCUCCACAGGGAACGGCAUCUCCACCCUUGAAUCCCGCGACACUCAAUCAGGCACCCGCACCAAUUCCGCUGAAAGUGGGGUCGCCCUCACCCGUGGUCGCCCCCAACCCUUCCGAGCCUAACGUCAAGGUGCAGACGGUUACGCCCACUGUCGCGGAGACGGGCCUGCCCAAGUCCGCGGGCCCCGAUGGACCGGGACCGGCUAGUGGCUCACUCCUCGACUUGAAGCACCCGUCACCCGUCGCUCCGGUUCCCGUGGUCGCCCCCAAUCCCGCAAUCGCCACCGCCACCCCGCCCAGGCUCAUAGGCGAUGUGGGCGCGACCGCCACCUUUGAGAGUGCGGAGGACGAGAAGAAGCGUCUGGAGCAUGAGGAACGCGAACGCAUCCUCCGCCAGGGCGGUAGCGACCGUCCUGUUGUUGGGGAGCAGCCCAAGUUUGAGAGUGCGGAAGAGGAGAAGAAGCGGUUAGAGAGGGAAGACAGGGAGCGGCUCCUCGCUGCCGGAGGGUCGUCGAACGCGAACGCGGACCCGGAUGCCAAACAGCCCGAAGACGGAGACUCGGAGCUGCCGCCGUAUCAGGAGUUCUAAUUGCUUCAACUUUCUCGUGCAAACGUCGUUGGGAUGUCGAUGAACUGUGACUGUACUCAUAUCUCAUUGUAUGUACUUAUAUCUUUGGCUGUGAUAGCAUGAACAAGUAUACCCUUGGC